ACAUGUACGGUGGUGACUAAUGCGAGAGUGUUUUGUGCGCCAGAAUGCACAGCUCGUCGGGAAAAAUAAUGUUCAGUGCGAAUACGACGUGGUGUUAACAGUAGUAGUUUUGGCGGUCGGCGAACGUUUUCUGAAACUAGCAAAAAUAAAUAAUAAUAAGAAUUCGCUCGGCUACUUUACUUUUACCACUCGGAUGUGCUCGGACGAUCGUCAAGACUUCGAACCGGUUGCUGCUCGCUGUGCUUGCACGGUUGACUUGUGAGGCUCGCCGGAAAUAAGAACAAUAAGACCCGGCCCCCGACACACGAUGACUUGACGACGUGGUUACAACGGCGGACAAAAGACACGACAGAUAAAGUAAAAAAAAAAAAAAAAAAUUGUAUAAAAACCAAAAACAACACUAAUAAAAAAGCGUUGCCCGCAUCCCGGUCGUCGGACGUGCGGACGAUGAGCGAAUCGCGGCUGGAAGACUUGUUCCACGAGUGCGACCGCACCGGACAGGGCCGGAUAGGCCCGAAAGAGUUCCAGGAGCUAUGCGCCAACUUCGACAUAGGCGUCACCGACGCCGACGUGAUAUUCACCGACCUGGACAGGGACGGCGACGGCCAGAUUUGCCUGGAAGACUUCGCGUGGGGAUUCCGGGACUUCUUGGCGCCGGACAAGCCCGCUCGGAGCGCGGCCAGUGCGCGGCAGUCGCAGGACCCGGGAGGCCGCAGGGAAUCGCGGGCCGCCUGGUCGCACUUCGUGUCCACCAUAGGCGAACCCGCGGUGCAGAAACUGUUCCAGACCAGCGGGAAAAAACUAGCCGAUUUGUAUUUGGAAAUCCAGAACUGUAGUCCGACGCCAGAGCUGAUAACGCAAUUCGAGGGGGCGCUCACCUCGUUGAUGGAUGAUGUGAAACGUUUACACGACGACAACGAAAAGCUCGAAGACAUGUUCAACCGGGAGAGGCAAACGCACAUGCUGAGACUUCGAGGUUUGGAAGAAGAGAUUGACGCGCAGGUGGCCAAAGUCGAAGCUCAGGCCAGGGACGAAGCCAGGGAGAAAUUUGAAUUCGAAAAGAGAGAGCUGAUGAAGAAAAUGGAGGCCGAGACGAUUGAAUUGAAAACGCAUUUGAAACUGUUUCAAAAGGUGAACACGGUGCUAAGUCAGAAGAAAGGCGACAAAACCGAAAUGGACGAGUCCAUCGAGGAAUCGCGGGAACUAAGGCGCAAACUGAUUGACACUCAGACGAAUUUGGCCAUAGUUAGAUCUGAAAUGGAAAAGCUCCGAGCCGAAUACGAGGAAAAAUGUGACCAAUUCAACAGCAAGCUGACCAGUGACAACGACAAUUACGAAGAGGAAAGCGGUGCUCAGUACACAAUCAAACGGUUGAUGGACGACAUAGAUAGCGGUCGUUCCACUCUUUUAGACUCCAACAACUAUGCCAGGGACAGGGACUUGGCGGACGAUAUGUCCAACGACAACGCUUCCAGCGUCAACGCUCCUUACCAUUCGGCCAAAACGAUAGAAUUCGAGGAAAUGAGUUUGUCCGGCAGAGAUCCGCAUCUGAUGCACGGCAACACGCCAAUGAGUGCCAUGAGUCUUAGCAGCUACGACAUAGGCAUCGGUGGCGAUCCGGAGAGGACGUACAAAAUAGUGUUCGCCGGCGAUGCGGCUGUCGGCAAGACGUGUUUCAUCCAUCGUUUUUGCAAAGGCCAGUUCACCACCAAGCUGGGAUCCACGUUGGGCGUCGAUUUCCAAGUGAAAACCGUCAGGGUCGACGACAGGAUAGUCGCUCUGCAGUUGUGGGACACGGCAGGCCAAGAACGGUUUCGUUCCAUAACAAAGGCUUACUUUCGCAGAGCCGACGGGAUCGUUUUGAUGUACGACGUCACGAACGAGAGGACCUUCAAUAACAUCCGUCAAUGGAUGUUAUCGAUCAUGGAAGUGUCCGACAAACCGUUGCCGGUGUGCAUAUGUGGAAACAAAGUAGACCUAAGGCCUGAAGCCCAGUCACAGGGUAUAACAUGCAUAUCCACCGAUUGUGGUGAACUGUUGGCUCAGCAAAAUAACGCAUUGUUUUUCGAGACCAGUUCGAAGCUCGGCACGAACAUCAACAACGCGCUGGUCAUGUUGUCCAGAGAAAUGUUGAUCAGAGAAGAUGUUGACAUUCAAACGUCCUCGAUGAUCAUGGUGGAACAAAAUAAGAAAUUGAGAUUGAGUUCACCGUGUUGUUAAGAUUAAGCGAGUCGUCGAGGUUUGCUAGAUAGUAAUUAUUAUUUUCGAUAAAACGUUUGUGGUUUUAAAAAGCCAUAACAUAGUUAAUUUUUUGUAACAAUGAUAUACCAUUUACAUAUGUAAAUAUCGUGUAUCGUUCUAAAUUUGUACAAGGAAAUCGACCCGGUUAAACAAACAUUAUUUAGUAGCACUAAACAUUUAUUACUGUUAUAUUUUACUCUAUAAAUUAUAAAUACAAAUAAUUCGUCUAAAAUAGUUAUAUAAUAUAUAUGGAAAUAGUUUUCAUAAUAUUCCAACAAGUUGUUACUACUAAUAGUUUUCAAAACAUAUAUUUUGGCCAAAACCAGUUAGCGAAUUAAAAAAAC